AUGGACAUUGAGGUGAUCUUCAAGGUUGUCGCUGUAUGUACUAUUCUGGCCCUCGGGUUGUUCGGAAGUGGCUAUAUCCUAGCUACAGCGGCGACCCACAAGUCCGAUCCUACCCUUGGAUAUAUCUACAAAUGUGUCCUCGUAUCCAACCUGCUAGCGAUGUUUACCAACUUGUCCAAUUUGCUCGUAUUUCCGGUUUCUGUUUUAAGGUAUUUCCGGUUUCUGUUGGCGUCCGAGCAUCCGUCCACCUUUUCCCAGAAGAACGUGAACAUCCUGGUGGCUGGGAUGUAUGUACUGAUCAUUCUCGUGGCCACUGGUCCUCUCUACGGACUCGGAGAAUAUUCCAACUUUCGUGGUCACGUGACACUCAUCAUUUCGGGUAACUCAACCAGACAGAAUUUAUCACACGCAGACAAGAUGGACGAGGAAAGAUUUCAUGUCACUCUACUUCAUCAAGCAGCUGUUAUUGGUAAAAUCCCCGAUCCUAUUCCUUGGUUUGUGAAGCGUUUAGAACAAGAUUAUGGCAUGUCCACCACCCGUUACAUAUGGGGAGAUCGAGGUCUUCAUUUUCUGCUACGCGCGUGGACAGAACGGCAUGCGUGGUCAUUUCUGUCAGCUUAUCAGGCGGACGGACUCCGACCACUACUGUCGCGACACCUAUGGCACGAAGAACUAUUGUGGAGUCUGGGGAUGGAACACCUGGAGUUCACGGCACAACUUGACCAGGCGGAAUACAGGAACUAUGUUACUAUAUACGUACCGUCUCAGAGUCUUGGUCAGUGCACCGUUGACUUUACGUCCCCACACGUGCACGCCACGGUUUGGUCAGGUUACCAGUUGGUCAUCAAUACAUUACUGCCACUUGCGCUCUCCCUAAUUGUAUAUGUUGUCUUGUACGCACGCAAUCCCUUCACAAUGUCUGCCUUUGACAAGAAUCUUUCUCAAGAAGACUAUUCAAGUCUUCGCAUCUUCUGUACGUCAUCAAUGACGUCAUGUUUCUUUUCCAUUAUAUACUUUGGGGUGACGUUGUCCAACGCUGAAGGCGCAUAUAUUUCGCGAGAAAUUAACUUUGCGGUGACGUUUGCCUAUUAUAGUAGUGGUCUAGCGUUGUGCUUGUGUAUUUGCCGUUACGACAGUUUGUGUCUAGUUAAUCUCAAAACGUCCUGUCAGAAAUGUUUGCUUUACUCUCGGGACUCCAUUUCAAACGAGAUCUCGGACAUCAAACUCGGCCAGAGGGCACUGCCAAGAAUUGGACACGACAACAAGGUUCGGUUUGGACAGAUUUAUUUGUGAUAUCGUGUGCAGUGAUUUCUCCAAAGGUUAUUUUGUUGUUGCUUUACACAAGACGGCCAAUUUCUAGCGCAAACUAGAAACAUCACUCUCUUCAAAACAAGCGAGGAGAAUGUUUUAACAGAAUUUGUGUCUCUAAUCAUAUGAUACUUGAUUUGAACGAAUUUCGGUUGCCACAACUGCUGAAUACCGCUACAAGGACGAUAACGUGAUUUCUAUAGAGAGACACAGAUUGCUUCUGUAUAUUUGUGAAGAUGUUGCAGAAAUUUCAUGGUCGCCUUGACGAUAUCAUUGGGAAAAUUAAAAGUUAACAGUACCAUAACCCAAACCGAAAUUCAUAAAAACCAGACCAAAUUUGUGAAUAAAACAAA